AUGGUAAAAGAGGUAGAAAGUUCGGUUCGGGGGCUCGGCGACGCUGUAACGAACCUAAGGUCAAAUGUAUACAGUAUUACCAACAUCAUGCUAAGUUUCCAAUGGGCAACAUUAUUUGAGUCGCUGCUCGAAAUAUACAUGAAAACCACGCGAGUUGCCAAAAACAGGUUUAAGCGAGAGUUGACUCUACAUGCGUGCGCCACAAAUGUACCUCGUGCAGACAGAAAACAAGCUGGAAUAGGUAUGACAUCCAGAGGAAGUCCAAGGAAGUCCGUAGGACUUCCGAAGGAGCGCGGGAAAGUCCAGAAGGACUAUCCGGAUCCGGAUGAGUGCGAGAAACUUCCGGAGGGGUCUGGGAAAGUUCUGGAGGAACUUCCGGAAAUUACUAUGAGGUUUCGUCCUGGUACAGAUAUGUGUAAUGGCUACUCAGGACAAGUCCUGAGUAGAAACAAACAGAGGAAAGGCUGCAGGGACAAAGUCCGAAGCAGAAUAGGUCCGGAGGACCACGGGAAAGUUCCGGAGGAACUUCCGGAAACUCGGAGGAGUGUAGGAUCGGAGGAGCAGAGCUCCGGCCUAGGGAAUUCCUCCCUAGGCCUGAGAUGGAUAUUGACUAAGUCAGAGGACUAA